AACUUUGUAAGCUAUCGCAAGGUUGUUUGGCCUGGAAUAGUACCGAAGGGGUUUCGGGUGACUACGGCGCCGCUUUCUACCUAAAUCUAGAAUGUAAACAAGUGAAAAUGCUGCAUUUGCCUAUUUCAGUAAAGAAAUGCAACGUAGAGACGCCGUUAGACGGUGACACAGAUUCUCAGCCAUACCAGCGAAGUGGACAUUGUUGUGCAACUGAUGGGAUUAAUUUGUAUGUAUUUGGAGGUUACCAUCCUGAAUAUGUAAUUACUGAUGAGAGGAAUUUACGCAGAAUUGCACAGCAUAAUAUAUUCAGAGACUUAUGGUGCUAUAACUUUGCUACAAAAACGUGGCAUGAAGUGAAGACAACAGGCAGUUCCCCAUCCGAGACAGCAUCCAUGUCAAUGAUCCUAAGUGGAAGCACCUUGAUAUGUUUUGGUGGAACUCUCUAUCCCUGGGGAUCAAAGAGCAACAAUAAGAUCUACACCCUUAACCUCGCCGAACGCAAAUGGAAAGUACUUCAAUGCUCCGGUACUAUCCCAGCUAAAUAUGGGCAGGCCAUGUCUCUUCACGAUGGAGCUUUAUAUGUGUAUGGUGGAUGCAGGCGGAUCAGUGAGGAGGAACAUCUGUUUGAUUCCGAGCUUCAUCAUCUAGACAUGAAGACUCAUGAAUGGUCUCUCAUUCUGGACAAAGAUGAUAAGGAGAAUGUGACGUUAACCCAUUUAAGAGGCAUGUACAGACAUGGAUUGGCAUACUAUCGGGACAAAAUCUAUGUGAUUGGGAGCAGCUGGGAAGAGCUAACCAGCAUUCUCUAUUAUCACAAGGUACAUGUCUUUGAUAUUGCUGAAGGAAGGUGGUCAUGGGAAGCGGCAAUACCCACGGAAGACAACCGUUACCCACAGAGGAGAGUGUAUCAUAGCUGUGCACAGUGGAAUUCAGAAGUCUACAUAUGCGGUGGUCACGAUGCCCGGUACUUUGUCAUGGAUGACAUUUGGUGUCUUCAUCUCCCUGAUCUGAGGUGGACGCAGUUGACCACCUCUCUACCCGUACCGUCCUUUUUCCACUCAGCAGCCAUAACUGAUACUAAAUGCAUGUAUCUCUUUGGUGGUGUCAAAAACUUUGCUGGCCGUGACCACAAUGUUGAUCGUAUCCGUACCAAGAUCAUCCAGAAGAUCUGGCUUGCAAUUCCAACUCUUGCUGAACUCUGCUGGCAGAAUGUUCUGGAACUUUGUCCCAAGAUGGCUAAGCUGUCCAAAGAGGAACUUUUCAGUCUAGGAAUACCCAGAAUCUUCACUGACAGAUUAAAACCGAUAAGGUGACGAUGACUCAAACUUGCAUAUUUUCCUUCUGGAAAAGGUUGAUAAACUAGAAAAUUAUAUGGUAUUUAACUCAUGUUCUCUAAAGAACAUUUGUAUUAUAAAACAGAUGACAUUAUGUUUAUUUUCUCCUCCGCCUCAAAGGGUGCCAGAAGCAUGAUGUUUUCUUUUCAUCUGUCCAUGCCUGCAAACAUAUGAGUACCAUAUUACAGGAAUAUAGAUUUUGAUGAAACUCCAUACUGUGGGAUCAUGAGAUCAAGUCAUUUUACAUCUCAUUAGUCAAUGACAGAUUUCCAUUAAAUAUUACAUCGAUGUACCAAUAUAGAUUUUCUCAUGGCUCGCAUUCUGACGAGGUCAGAGGUUCUUGGACACAGACCAAUUUGACAACUUCUCAACAUGAUAUCUAUUGAACCAAAGGACAGGUUUUCAUGAAACAUCAUAGCUGUAUUAUCAAUUGUGGGUUGACCACAGUUGAUUUUCAUCUCAGUCAUAGAAUCAAAGUUCAAGUUCUGUAUAGACCACAGAAUAUAAAGAUGGGUGUUUGUGCAAUAACAGUUUCAUUGGGCUUAUUGACUUUAUAAAACAUGGAUAUAUAAUGAUCUUGGGCCUUAUAGCACAAAGUUCAAUGAUUGAUUGCACGUAAUGAUAAAUGCAAUCAAACAUGGUAAUUAAAGGUCAAGUCCACCCUAGAAAAAUGUUGAUUUUAACAAAUAGAGAAAAAUCAAACAAACAUAAUGCUGAA